CGUGCUUUCAAGCUAAUCUGCUAGAACUUCGUCUGCGCUACAUAUGACUGCGAUUUACAAGCAGGGCGGUGGUUGCAGCUAGCAUGCAACAGGCAGGAAACGCUAGCCGUGCACCAGCUGCCUUUAGGGUAUCGAUAUGCACUAGGUUUUCGAGGACACGCCAUCCUUCCUCUACGCCAGUAUUGGUAGUUCGCCGUGGUGAACGUCGAAAACCCUCCGUACGCAUGGGUCUCCAAACAGCGGUUGCAAACACCCCAGGGCCCAAUGACCCCUCGGCCAGGCUAAGCAAGCUCUAUGAGGAGUUCAAAGUGAAGUUUCCUGAAGUUCCUGAAGUGUCUGUGGGGGAGCUUCACGAUUGGGUGAAGCAAGCGGGACCUCCCGACCGACCCGAGGGUGCCCCACCACCGGUGCUUGUGGAUGUACGAACGCGUGAGGAGCAGCAGGUGUCCAUGCUGCCAGGACCUGAAACGCUGACUCAGCGGCAGUUUGAGGAACGCGGACCGGACUCCUUCCGAGGGCGCAGGAUCGUGUGCUACUGCACCGCCGGCUACCGUAGCGGCCUUUACGCGCAGAAGCUGCGGCGGGAAAGAGGUCUAGAUGCCUACAACCUGCGCGGCAGUAUACUUGCUUGGACCCAGGCGGGGCUGCCCCUGGUGGACCCACGGGACGGCAGCUCCACCACCCAGGUGCAUGUGUACAGCAAGGAUUGGGCUCUGCAGGGCCAAGGUUACUCGCCAGUGUCGUUCCGUCGGCCGCUGCUGCAACUGCUGCGAGAUGCGGUUAGCGGUUGGUGGUAGACACAUCGUCGAAACCACUGUACGGCUGGCCAGCCAUAAUUGCGAAGGCGAUAGCAAACGUUUUGGAGGAUGGCCGUAGAACUCAUCAACUUUGUUGCUGUUGCUCAUUCAAUGUGUUUAUGAAGCUACCGCAUUGCUGUAGCAGUGCUAUUGAUGAGCGGUUAACGUGUAAUGCAUAAUAGAGCCGCAUGACCCGUAUGUAGCUGCCAGUGCGCCGUGGCUUGUGCAGGGGGGUAGUGAGACGGCAGUGGCACGUGGACAUGCAAACAUGUACGCCGAAGCUGUAGCCCUGCUGGCCCGUGGAUCGUACGUCAAGCUUUCGUACGACGAAGGACGAGCGUGCAUGUGCUGAAGUGCUGAAGGUGACGGUAGAAUUACAGAAGCACCUGUUAUCCUACUAUACCUUGUACAAAAGCGAAGCCCUG